ACAUGGUAUAGUCCUGUGUGGUGUAUUUCUGUGGACAAGGGCAAGCGUUUAUGAGUGUUGUGUUUUCCUCUCAAGGGUCAAAAUGGCCCGAUUCCUGAGGCCCAACGUCAGGAGUUUUCUCUGCUCACAACUGAGAAUGUCAUCGGACCAGCUGGGUGAGCUGGGUAAAGGUGCUGGAAAAGGUGGUGGGGGCGGAGGCUCCGUCAGAGAGGCAGGUGGAGCCUUAGGAAAAAAGCAGGCUGCUGAGGAGGAAAUGUACUUCAAGCGUAAGGAGCAGGAGCAGCUGGCAGCACUGAAACAGCACCACCAAGAAGAAAUCGAUCACCACAAGAAGGAAAUUGAACGUCUGCAGCGUGAGAUUGACCGUCAUAAGGGAAAGAUUAGGAAACUGAAGCACGACGACUGAAAAAUACCUUAUUGGGCAAUCAGAUUGUUGCAUAUAUGCUAUUUCACCCGGCCAGCUUGAGAAGUGUGAAUGAUUGUACUGUAAAUGCUUGGACUAAUGGUUUGUUGUAAAAAUAGUUAUUGUUGCCAUUGCAUGUUAAUUAACAGAAGCACUCCUACUAUGGAUUUUACAUUUUGAGUGGCUAAAGUAUGUUUUACAGACAACUCAUUAGGAAGAAAACAUGGAGAUGGAGUAUGUGUUUUGCUCCUUUGUUCGCCAUGACCUCAUUUUUUGGCAAAAACAUGAAUAAAUGUGUUAUGUAGACUA